ACUCUGUGUCACUCUGCUCUAAAACCCGAGGGGAACAUGGUCUCUGCUGAACUCUGAGAGGACAAUUGUCUCGCGCCAAGGAAGAACUAUCCUGCUUUACUCUGACACUUUGGAAGUAUGCAAUAAUACAGCUGGUUUUGGUUGGAAUUCCCCCCUAUCUGCCUAAACCAAGACAGGAGGCUCACACAACAACUCUGAGGCCAACGCUUUUUAAGGAUCAAUCAAGAGUUGAGGUUGAAUGCCUAGCUAUUUCUCUCCAACUUGUUGCCUCUAUAUAGCCUAUAAAAACUGUCACGAACAUUUACCCACAAGGACAUUUACAAUGUUGUCUGAUAUGUGGCACCAGCAAUCUAAUAUCUAUGAAGAACACUAGCCAAAAUGACACGAUGGCAGGCAUAUAUGAUUUAAUUUUAAAACAAAUGUAUAUUCUGUUUUCAAAUAAGUCUAGAUCAGAUCUAUCAUUAUGGUCUGUCAGAUCUAUCUUGGCUAGAAUUGUUAUAUUGUAGUCUACCAUUCCUUUUUACAAUUUCAUAGUAGUAAGCCUAAACAGUGUAAUUAUCUUUUACCAAGAGCAUAUCAAUGGAGGCUGGUGGGAGGAGCUAUAGGAGGACGGCUCAUUGUAAUGUCCAGAAUGGAAUAAAUGGAGGCCGACAGUAAAUGUUGAUAGAUUGCAUGUUUUAAUAUUUCAUUUAAAAAAAAAGAAUUACAAAAGAAUAACACAUCCAAUAUAUAUAUGUAAGAAAAUGUAUGCACUCAGUACUGUAAGUUGCUCUGGAUAAGAGCGUCUGCCAAAUGACUAACAUGUAGUUUGACUGUUCCAUUGAUUCCAUUCCAGCCCGUAUAAUGAGCCCGUCUUCCUAUAUCUCCUCCCACCAGCCUCCACUGGAGUAUAUGGGCUGUUCCAAGGGAGGCACAGUGGUGGAUGACUGCAUUUGAAGGCUGGACUGACAGAGUGGAGAGCGAACUUUAGGAUGAGGGAGACAACAUUCCUCAGUCUAUGUGAUAUUGUCCAGCAACAGUGUCAUUACAGGGAAGCACUGUCUGUGGAGCAGCCUGUUGCCAUUUGUCUGUGGAGGGCUUGCCACUAAUGUAGAGUACCGAACAAUCUUGUUAUUGUUUGGUCUAGGUUUGUCAACUGCAUGCACAGUCACUAAUCAAAUUGCCAGUCUCAUCCGGGAGAAAAUGUUACACCUUCAUAUCAAGACACCAACUGAGGCUGAGUUCAGAGACAUAGUAACAGAUUCCUGGACCGUCAACCAGGAUCAGAUAUAGCUAGUUUCCCUUUCCACUGGCCCCAAGAUGGAGGUGAUGAGGACCUUCAACCAGCCGCCAACCUCCAGCCAUCCAACCCCCACCCUUAACGACUCAGACACCUGCAUUACUCUGUACAACCACCGGGGGUAUGCCCGAGUCCUCAUGCCCCUCUUCUACUGCAUUGUCUUCUCCGUGGGGUUGCUGGGCAAUGCCCUGGCCUUCCACAUCAUCCGCCCCAACGUGAAGAAGAUGAACUCCACCACGCUCUACUCCGCCAACCUGGUCAUCUCCGACAUCCUGUUCACACUGUCACUACCAUUACGGAUAAUCUACUACGCCCUGGGCUUCCACUGGCCCCUGGGGGAGACCCUGUGUAAGAUCACAGGGCUGAUCUUCUACAUCAACACUUACGCCGGGGUCAACUUCAUGACCUGCCUCAGUGUGGACCGGUUCAUUGCUGUCGUCUUGCCGCUCCGAUUCGCACACUUCCGUAAGGUCUCCAAUGUCCGGUACAUUUGUGUCGGGGUGUGGUUGCUGGUCUUAAUGCAAACUCUGCCCCUCCUCUCCAUGCCCAUGACUAACGAGGAACCUGAUGGCUUCAUCACCUGUAUGGAGUAUCCCAACUUCGAACCGGUGCCAAACAUCUCCUAUAUCCUGAUUGGCGCCGUAUUCCUAGGCUACGGAGUCCCCGUGGUGACCAUCCUGGUGUGCUACUCCAUACUGUGCUAUAAACUCCGCCUCGCCGCCAAGGCCAAUCAGCUGACGGACAAGUCGGGGCGCAGCCAAAAAGCCAUCGGGGUGAUCUGCUGCGUCUCUCUGGUGUUUGUGGUCUGUUUCAGCCCCUAUCACAUCAACCUCCUCCAAUACAUGAUCCGAAAGCUGAUCUACACACCAGACUGUGCUGAACUCACAGCCUUCCAGAUCUCCUUACACUUCACUGUUUGUCUGAUGAACCUCAACUCCUGCCUGGAUCCAUUCAUCUACUUCUUUGCCUGUAAGGGUUACAAGAGUAAGGUGCUGAAGAUCCUGAAGAGGCAGGUGAGCGUGUCCUUCUCCAGCGCAGCACGGACAUUGCCCGAGGGGUCGUCCAGAGACGUCAAUGAUGGUAUGAAGAUCCACCUCAACAGCACCAGACACAAACCGUGAGAGAAUGGUGAAAGGUGAGCCAACGACCAACCAACAGACUGGUGCGCCAAAGACCAACCAACAGACUGGUGCGCCAAAGACCAACCAACAUAUUGGAGAGCCAACAACCAUCAAUCAGACCGGUGAGCCAACGAUCAGCCAACAGACCGGUGAGCCAAUGACCAGCCAACAGACCGGUGAGCCAAUGACCAGUCAACGACCAGUGAGAAUGAUGAGCCAAUGACCAACAGUUCAGCAGCCAACAAUCCGUUCCCAGCAGUGAGACAGAAACCAGCAAAUUGCCAGAGGAUCUCUGAGGAGAACUAUAACUGUAUAACUGAUUACAAGUUUAAAGAGGCAUCUCACACCCUCUGGAAAUAGAGACACUGAUCUAUGACAGCCCAGGUAGCAGACUGUUUCUGCAUCCAACAAAGUGCUUGCCUAUAUAAUGACAAGUUGAUCAAAAGAAGAAACACAUAAGAACAUUAUUAAACAGCAUGGCCACUUGCAUGAGAAGAUGUCUUGAAAUGGACAGCUUAAUAUUACUUAAUUGUUUCAGAGAUUCUGACCAAAGAAUACAAAGCUUUGGACCAUUACAAUGCAGAGGAAUGAAGAUUAGAAACCAUGUUGAUUAUACUUUUUGUAUAUACACUUAAUGAAUUAUUCUUCAAAAUAACCUUGUGAAUAUUGAUAAAUGUAAAAUAGUUCAACACCAUGUACUAAAUGUAACCAUGUCCCUCAAUGAAUUGAAUCAGGAUCAAUUACAUUUUUUACCAAGAUGUUCAAAUGUAUGAUUUAGUUUGUUCACAAUGGUUUCCCUCUGUUCUUGAUUAAUGUGAUUGUUGUAUGUGGCCAUCAAACCAUGUCAUUUUAAAUAAAUAAGAAAUAUAAAUAAAU